CGGCUCAGUUAAAACCACCUCUUGUCCAUUGUACCGCGACAGUCGACCGUACUACCUUCGCGGGCGAAGUACGCCGCAACACGGCCGAUCGACUUCACAUUACGCGCGGAAAAAAUCGUAAACAAAAACUAACCAACUAAAUGGUUCAAUUACCAAUAAAAAAUAUAGGUCAAAAAUAGAACAGCCUGUAUGGAGCGCGCGUUGUAGUUCGAAUUUUGAAAAGUGUGCGGUUUAGUUUUUUUUAUUAAAUUUUGCAGUGAAAAUGGGUUUGAAGCCGGAAGAUGAUAAGAGGCCGAGUAAGCUGGCGAUUAUGGAUGAUGUUUCGGAUACACCACGCGGUUUCGGCACACGACACUUCGUCACUUUCAUGUUGUUCCUCGGCAUGGCAAACGCCUACGUCAUGCGGACCAACAUGUCUGUGGCCAUCGUGGCCAUGGUCAACCACACGGCACUGCCGACAACCCACGAAGCCACAGACGACGAGUGCGGCGUGGAUACUAGGAACUCCACUACGACAAUGCAAGACGGGUCAUUUGUGUGGAGCUCCACUCUUCAGGGCUACAUCCUGUCUUCGUUCUUCUACGGAUACGUCAUAACACAGAUCCCGUUUGGAAUUUUAUCAAAGAGGUUCGGAGCUCGCUUCUUCCUCGGUGUUGGCAUGUUGAUCAACUCGGUCUUCGGAUUACUGGUUCCCAUAGCGGCUGAGAAAGGCUACGAGUGGCUGAUCUUGGUCCGCUUCAUCCAGGGUCUUGGUGAGGGUCCAAUAGUGCCGUGCUCUCACGCCAUGUUGGCCAAGUGGAUUCCACCCAACGAGAGGAGUAGAAUGGGAGCCGCUGUAUACGCUGGAGCACAAUUCGGCACGGUUAUCUCAAUGCCGCUAUCUGGUCUUCUGUCCGAAUACGGCUUCUCGGGCGGCUGGCCGUCCAUCUUCUACGUGUUCGGUCUCGUGGGCACGGUGUGGUCACUGGCCUUCUUGUUCCUGGUGUCUGAAGAUCCGGAGCACUGUCCGAAGAUUAAGGAAGCUGAGAAGAAGUAUAUUCUCAGUUCGCUGUGGGGUGCCGCUGGGUCUAGCUCGCCACCGAUCCCCUGGAGCAAGAUCCUGCUGUCAAUGCCGUUCUGGGCGAUCAUGCUGGCGCACAUGGGUCAGAACUACGGUUACGAGACGCUGAUGACGGAGUUGCCCACAUUCAUGCGCCAAGUGCUGCACUUCUCCAUCAAGGAUAACGGCUUCGUGUCCGCCCUGCCGUACCUGUGCAUGUGGCUGUUCUCGAUGUUCAUCUCCGUCGUCGCUGAUUGGAUGUUGUCCAGCGGACGCUUCAAUCAUACGCAAGUCAGGAAGAUCAUCAACAGUAUCGGUGAAUACGGCCCUGCUAUCGGCCUCUUCAUCGCCGCCAACACCGGCUGCGACAAGUCCGCCACCGUCGCCAUCCUAGCCAUCGGUGUCGGUCUCAACGGUGGUAUCUACUCUGGAUUCAAGGUGAACCACUUGGACAUCUCGCCGCGCUUCGCCGGCAUCCUUAUGGCGUUCACCAAUUGUCUCGCCAACUUGACGGGUCUAUUGGCGCCCAUUGUCGCUGGAUACAUCAUUGAGGGCAAUCCAUCGCAAGCUCAAUGGCGCAAAGUAUUCUACAUCGCCGGGGGCAUCUACAUAUUCGCGGCUACCUUCUACAACGUGUUCGGAUCCGGCCGAAGGCAGGAGUGGGACAACCCUGCCGAGGACGCAGCCUUGGCCCAGAAGGCGGCUGACAAGAAACAAGCGAAGAUAGACAAGAAAAUGGCGAAAGACAGUAGUGAAGCUGAGACGGCGCAGUGAGAGUUCAAAAUGGCGGAUUGCGUUAGAGUUGCCAGCUGAAAAAACAAGUGAACAGUUUAAAACUGUUCAUAUUUGUAAUUUCAAAUGUUAUUAUAAUUUAAGCAUCUAAGCAUUAUUGCAAGAAAAUAGUAAGAAAGAAAGCAACUUUAUCGUAAUUCGGACCGUAAGAUUAGUGAAUGACAUUAAUAUUUUAAAAUUAGGUAAAUUAAGAUUUGAUUGAUUCCGGUGGUUUUAGGGUUGUGUUCAAGUUCUACCCGAUAUGAGUUAAUUUUUUAUUUAACUUUUUUUACUUUCUUAAAGAAAUAUAAAUUUAUUUUAUCGUCCCUGGAAAUUAUUUUAUGCACUUAAUCCGUUGCUAUAGUACCUAACGGAAUUAACAAUGAGCGGCGUGUUAGAUGCAACACCGCGGUAUAUCAAGUUAAAAUAGUAAUAUGGAUACGCCUUUAGGCAAACCCACGAUACCUUUUAAACUACUCGAAAAAAAUGCUAUAUAAGUUUAGGUAUUUAUUUAUAAAAUAAUACGAUAUUAAAUAAGCAGUUAUCGAGGUCAUUCACCCCGAGUUGCAACCAAAACGCCGAUCAUGGGUAAUUAAUCGUGGUACGAUAAACUGUAACUGUAAAUAAAUAUGUAUUAUAAAGUACGUACACGACGUCUCUCAUUGUAUUUUCAAAAACAAAAUACUUAGAGAGAUGCACAUCAACUAGGCUGUGAUAUUUAACAAGAAUUUGAAUAUUUUGCAAUGUUUGCCAGCUCAAAAGCUAUUGAUCAUUGUUGUUUUUCAAAUAUCCCGGGAACUUAUAUCGGGUGAACGAAAAAAGGAAAACGCUAUUUAUUUAUUAUUACGUAAUAAUACCAUACCUAGUAUUGUUAAUAGUUAUUAAAAGCUUGAUGGAUAUAAGAGACGAGUGAAAGGUGAAUAUGGGUCCAACUUGCUGGUCUAGGUCAGAUUUCAUUCAAAAUACAUGUAAGUAUAUCGACUUCACAAAUAGUGACUUUUGAUUUUGUAGUUUGAAUGUAAUUGCUGUCAUGUUACUACAAUCGAUUGGAUCGCAUACGUAAAAUAAUAAUUUGAUGGCAUUUUAUAUUACAUUGAUUUUCCGUAUUUCUAAAACUGACUAGAUAACGUCAAAAAGAAAAGCAGAGUAACAUUUAUAAGUCAAACUUAUUAUCAAUCAAUUGUAGUAAUAAUUAAGAUCAGUUGUACAAUUUAUUGAAUUCGUUACCGUCCGAGCCAGUGACAUAGUAUAUACCUAUGUAUUGUACCCUCGCAUUAAAAUUAGUCAAUGGGCAAUUUCUCAAAAAUAAUUUACUACUUACCGCAGAGUAUUCCUAUUUAAUUACAUAUUUUAUUUUAUUUUUUAUUCCGAAAAGGUAAGCAUUUGACCACAAUCUCACCUGAUGGAAAGUGCCGAUGUAGUCUAGGAUGGAACAUGCUUACCUAAAAGAUGUCAUUUCACUCUCGAUUUAAAAAGGUCCAAGUUAUAGUGGACUGGGAAUAGAUUUGCAGGAAGUGAAUUCCACUCCCUGCAAAUCUAUUAUUAUACCAACGUAACAUAAACCUUUAAGAUCAAGUUCGAAAUUAACGUGCCGUGAAAUGAAAACUGCAGUUUCACUAGAUGGCGCUAUAUAUGUCGCCAUCUAGCAGUGAGGAGUGGAAUCUAUCUUGACGUUUAAUAUAUAAUGGCGGCACGAUUUUUAGAGUUAGGCCAAUCAGCAAGCUACCUAACUCUGGAACGAAUUUGAUAGCACAGAUGGUGGAAGUGUUAUCAUAAAAGUCAAAUGGCUAUGAAAUUAUGACGUUUAAAAUAACACUUCCACAGUCUGUCCUACCAAACACGCUGCAGAGUUAGCUUGGACCGACUCUAUUGCAUUCUGUUGCAACUCUGUACUUUUUUAGUAAAAGUGAAUACCUACUUAUUGAGAAUUGCUCAUAAUUCAUACAUACCAUGAUUGUAAAAUUUGUAAAGGUGCCAUUACUUGUUUUAUCAUAUCGGAAUUUGAAUGAACAUCAUAAUAUAAUCAUUGUAACAUUUGUUUAUCAUUUGGCAAAAUUGGCAUACAUUUUAAAUUCCUAAUUCGUGUGCCAAACGUGUUGUAAGUUCAUUUUUUAAUUUCACUGUUCGUUGGAAGCGAAUGUUGUUGCAUUAGAUAAGUCGUUAUGUUUAUGAAUAAGUAAAUGUAAUAUAUUACCAAAGAGAAUUUGAAAUAGAGGUGGUUUGUCAAGAAAACUAUAUAGCUACAGUAAAUUUACUGCCAUCUUUCGACACAUGAUUAAAACUUUUAGAACGCUAGUUCAAUUUGAUCCUUAUUCUUUCACUGAUAUGUGUUAAAUUUGUUAAAUAUUAAAAAGUGGCGCCAUCUAAUAGAUCAAAGGCCAAUGGUAUGGCGGCAACGUUUCGAGCGAUGGCGCCACAACCUUUAGCCGAUGCCCGGUAAGAUGGCACCACUUUUUAAUAUUUAACAAAUUAACACAUAUCAGUGAAAGAAUAAGGAUCAAAUUGAACUAGCGUUCUAAAAGUUUUAAUCAUGUGUCGAAAGAUGGCAGUAAAUUUACUGUGGCUACAAAAUUUUCUUUGACAAUCCACCUCUAUAUUAAAUUCUCUUUGAUAUUACGGUACUAGAUAAGUCUUUUGUGACGUCAUUUGACGCUAUACGCCCAGAGCUAUUGUGAUUGUAUUUUAUAUUUUAAGGUACGUAGUAAAGAAUACUGGCCAUUAACAAAAAUAACCUAGAAUUUAAGGUGCAGUGCAUUCAGCCAGCAGUUUGUUUUUUCAUUUAGAUCAUAAUACGAUUGCCAAAAAAUAUGAAUAGCAAUCUUGAGGCCUCUCUAGUAACCAACUUUCGCUCAAUAGAAAAAAAACACGAACAAAACGCAUCAUUACAAAUGUGAAAUUAAUUUGCACAAAAGCUAGUAAAAAUUCUUCCAAAAAUUCGUAAUGUAGUUUUUGAUCGAAAUUUAUAUCAAUUACUUGUUUUUGUUAAAAAUAACUAAUAUCAACUACCUGGGGUACGCACGGCCGUCCGCUCAGUGCUCAUUGAGCUGCGUUCAAAGACGGACCUCAACUUGCUGCACCUUAAAAAAGUGACGCUAAAUGGCCAUUGUCUAUUAAAAUAAGUAUGAAAGCUUGUAAACAAUUUUAAAGUCUGGCAAACGGUUAUUGUAAACUGGAAAUUCGCGCCUUUCUGCAGUAACGGAAAUGGUUGGCCAGACUAUAAGUACGUAUUCUGUGAUCUUGUCAGAGACAAGUCGAUAUCUAUGGGUUCAAUUGUCGUAAAGGCCGUUAACAGUUAAUAUCCUUUACGACAAAGGUAUCGAAGUGCUUGUGCCUUCGAUUAGGACCAUAUUGUUUGUAUUCCAAUUUUGAAAUCCUAAAGAAACAAAUGCCUCUAUUAAAAUAAACUUUUAAAUACAUUAAAAUGUAUAAAUUGAAAA